UACGCUCAGGCGGCUGAAAAUCUUCACGGUAGUACCUGUAGUCCCGUGUUGGGAAGCCGACCUUAUUUCCCGAAUUCGACAGCGUCUGCAAUAAUGAUAAUCAAUUACAGGUUACCAUGUUACCACAUUCGCUAAAUUCCGAUUAAGCGUGUACUUUCUUUCCAAAGUUCAAAGUGACUGACACUCCUGGAUUGUUGCUGGAAGCGCUUUGCCAAUGUCUUUACUUUGUGUAAGAGUGAAAAAAGCCAAGCUCCAGGGACCUUCAGACAAAUUCAACACUUACGUGACUCUGAAGGUGCAGAAUGUCAAAAGCACGACAAUCACUGUGCGAGGGGAUCAACCUUCCUGGGAACAAGAUUUCAUGUUUGAGAUCAACCGGUUGGAUCUCGGGCUCAUUGUUGAGGUGUGGAACAAAGGUCUCAUCUGGGACACCAUGGUGGGGACAAGCUGGAUCCCUUUGAAGCGUAUUCAACAAUCAGAGGAGGAGGGCCAAGGUGAAUGGCUUCUCUUAGAUGCAGAGAUCAUGAUGAAAGCAGAUGAGAUAUACGGCACCAAAAACCCGACCCCUCAUCGACUCUUAUUGGACACUCGCUUUGAGCUGCCUUUUGACAUCCCAGAAAAUGAGGCACUGUACUGGACAGACAAGCUGGAACGAAUCAAUUCUAUGGAAAUCCAUGAGGAAUACCCUCUUCAGGACGCCGUUGACAGUCGUCCAUUGCCCCCCACAGCUUCCCAGUGCUGUAACUAUUUCGGAUGGGCUGACUCAAUCACUUUGGAUGACCAGGACAGUGCAGUAGAUGACCGGGACAGCGACUACCGCAGUGAGACGAGUAAUAGUUUACCACCACGUUACCAUACAACAGCUCAGCCCAACUCCUCCGUGCACCAGUAUCCCAUUGGGCCUCGGCCACACCUCCACCGAGACUCAUGCACUGACUCCCUCCACAGUUUUGAACUGGAAUACAGAGACCAGAGAGUCAGAUCACUAAAUGAAAAAGGACGAGUAAGAAUUAUACCUGUAGAUUCUGGCAUGGGUUGUGAAGAUUGGGAAAGCAAAUACAAAAGACGAGGAAAGCCUCAACUGAGUGACUUUAUAGAUGAUCAACAAAAUUCUUCUCAAAAGGCAAAGCCUUACCUUGAACCAAAGAUCUCAAUCCUUCAAAAUACUCAACAAAUUCAUUGUGUGCCUGUAAUCUAUCCUGAAGGCUAUGACACGAUAGAUCGCCGUAGAAAGAAAAAAAUCAGGGACCCAGGGGGUAUAAUCAAUGGAGAGACACACAUAACCACCAGAGAGACUUUUCACCCAAACGUUGAGAUGCCCUGUGUGACAAGAGGGGAUAUGCUUAUGCUGCAGGUGUCAGAUAUGCAGGAAGAAGGGCAGAGCAUAACAUCCUGUCCCCAGCAAUACAAAAAUGGUCUUCUCUAUAAGACAAGAAUGUGGGCUAAAAAUGAACUGGAUGUCACCUUGGAAAAUUAUAUGGCUUACAAAAAGGAGCAAGAUGCAAGGAUGCAAUCACUGUAUGAUUUUGAUUUAAUAUAUUCUGGAGACCAUCACAAUUCUUUCAGAGCAGAAGAAGAUGUUGAUGACAUAGCUUUUUCUGCAGAAGACAUGCCCACAGUGAUUGCAAGAUGUACCCAAGACAAAACCUUCUCCUAUGAUGGCCACAUUGACAAUUCUCAGGAAUUUCAUGAAAGGUGCAAAAGACCUAAAACUGGGGGGUGGGUGCCUGAAGCAGUGCUGUCACCUGUAGAAGAACCUAAUGAAGACUAUGUAGACCCAAUGGAUGAGCUACAGUGUCUAGUUGAAACUGUUUCAGAAUACCUUGCUGAGAAAGAGGAAGAAAUUAGCAAGUAUGGUUCUCUUCCAAAAUCAAGUAAAUCAAGGCUAUCAUCUCAAGGAAGCAACAAAAUAGAUUCUGCUGGAGAUGACCACAACAGUUUAAGGAAUCCUAGAGGAGAAAGUCAAUCACAUACACCCUCAGGAAUUUCAGGUGUAAAAAAUGCCAUGAGCUCCUUAUUCAGUAAUCUCACGGACAGAGUUGGUGGGGGCCCCAAACAGUCUGUCGUUGAUACAAAAUCAUCAUUUGUGCAUCCGCCACAGUCUGGCAUAACAAAACUGUUGUCCUUUAUUCCUAAAUCAAACAGCUCUGCUCCAGUAGCUAUUGUAUCUCCCGUGGAAACAUCCCCUAAAAAUGUGUUCACUUUGCCUUCACAACCAUCCUGUAAGGCCAAGAUACAAAGGGAAAUUGACAGACAAGCUUGUGCAAGUACUCCUGGUAUAAAGGCGCAUGAACUGGACUUUGGAACCAAACCUCACACUCCAGAAAGCACUGUUCUGGGAACAUUAAAUCCUUUAAAUCUGUUUUCUUCCAGAGAUAUCAAAUCUGGUGAAAACAACGAACAGCCAAUGCAAACAUAUUAUCAAAGUGAUUCACAUUUCGAUCAGAGUACUGUUUGUCAAGGCAAACCAACAGAAGAGAGUGUGUUUUUAGCUGGGUCUGCAAAGCCUAAUGGUGCAAAGCAAUCAGAAAGUACCGAUUUCUUUAGUCUAAAGAAGUCAAUUACUUCACUGAUCACACCUUUUUCGCCGAACCCAUCCAAGGAAGCGUCAACUGUGGCAGUAUAUCCAAUAUUUCGAUCCUCUGAGGAUCCAGGACUUCAGAAACAGUGUAGUGAUCCUUUAUCAAAUACUAAACUUAAACCGACUUCACUAUCCUCUGAAAAUGUCUCAACUCAGCAACAACUAAAAAUAGAAGGGGGGAUGUUUUCUGGAUUUUUGAAGUUUGCAUCCAGUGAGGAUGUUCGUUCCCCUGGAAACACAAAAGAUCCAGAGCAAUCAAAAUAUGAAUCAACUUCUGUUAUGUCCAAUGCCUUUAAGCAAAAUUCUGCCACACCACAGAAAGACACAGAGAAGGGAUGGUUCUCUAGCAUAUUUAGCCCUGCAACUCCUCCCCCUGGCUCAAAUCAGAAUACUAUUAGUAACCCUCAAGAUCAGAACAGGAAAAUGUCACCUAGCUCACAUUCAGAACAUGGAUCAAAUCUUAAAACAACAGAAGCACAUUAUCGAAUGCAACAGCAUGCUCCAAAUCAAAGUUUUUUGUCAGGAUUUUUUAAAGGGAGCUCCCAUGAGGACUCUGCUACGGGCUAUACUCAGCUAAAGCCAGUAGCAGUGGUUGAUUCAAGUGGUGACGUAUCAGACAAUAUGCUACAGCAGGGUCCAUGUAACAACCAGCCGACCCCAGAAAUGCCCAUCCACGUUUCCGUGCAACAGAAAAUGACAGCUUCAAGCAGGGGAGGGCUUCUCUCUGGUAUACUGGAGUUUUCAUCAACAGAAAAUGUACCACAAAAUACAUACCUUUCUGAAGAUGAACAUAAAGGAAACAUCUCUUGCAACUACCCGUCAAAGCACAGAACCUCUGGCCAAUCUGAGAAAAUGCAGCAUCAGCAAAAUAAGUUAUUUGGGACAUUUGGAUCAGAUGAGAGUAAUUUAAGGUGCCAAAUAGUUCAGCAGCAAAGCAGUGCUCAUUGUAAUUUGACCCAUAUUGACAUUCAAAGUUCAAGUCAAGGAGCAGAUUUCAGGAAUCAAACAGCAAGACAGAUUGCCCAACAGGAAUCAUGUAAACCAAGCUUUUCUCGACAACAAACAGUUCCAGUUAAGCAACCACCGUCCCAAAAAGGUGGUAUGCUUGCUGGUCUUUUUAAAUUACCUUCUGCUGACAGCAUCAACACACAACAGCCCUCAUCAAUCCAAUUUAAUGGAAUUGUCCAAAGCAUGUCAAGCUUUGAAAAACCUGAAGAAAGAAACAUUCAAAAGUCUAAACAAAGGCAACCACAGGAUCAGUCAAAAGAAAAUACUCAAGCCGGUGGUUCUUUUACACCACAGUCCUCCACACAAAAAAAUGUUCAACAAUCCAAAAUUAUUCAUGAGACACUACAACAUAUUAAUGUGCAAAAUAGCCAAUUUUAUCAAAAAGAGGCAGCAAAUCAAUCUGGAUUUCUCUCUGAUUUAUUUAACAAGUUAACAAAAUCAUCCAAGGACAGUGACACAACCUGCCACAGAUCAAUAGAGCAAUCAUUGUCUCAAAUAGGUCAUAAAUGUGCAGUUCAAAGUAAUACAUUGGAGAUACAGCCACAUUUUAAUAGUACUCAGAAAACUUCACAAAACUACAUUGACAAUGAGAAGAAGACACAACAAACUGCCCAACGAAGUUUUUUUUCAGGAUUUGAAAAUAAAAAUGUUCCUAUAGAAUCUGUUGCCUAUCCACAGCUUGCUGUAUUAGGCCAGAGUACUAGGGAAAUGUAUCACUCACAGCCUGAUAUAUCAGAUCAGCGUACUGAGGAACUGUAUCCCUCAUGCAGAUUGACAACGAGUGCUGGCAAAAGUGCCUGUCAAACUCGUGGUCUAAAUUAUUUAAUUCCAAGACCAAGCAGGCAUGAUUUCAAAAGUGCACCUGUGUCAAUUGAUUCUGAUACUUUAGACCUAAGAACAUCAGCUACUUUUGCCAGAUCGCUUCAGAGUCAUGCAAUUUACUCAUCAUUCAGUGCUGGUAAUUUACCCCAAUUAUAUUGCUCUCACUCUUCUCAUACAACUUCCUCAGUAAAGACCAUUAAACCAUAUUGUGGAAGCCUGCCCUCAUUUUAUGAACCAACAAGCCAAAACCUCUAUAAUGGUCAGCUUUCUCCCUAUCAAAUAAGUCCCUCCUAUGAUGAAAACCAGUGGAUCCGUGGAAGUACAAUAUGGCAGCAGUUUCAGAAUGAAUCUUUGCAUUCUCAAUUCCAAGGUGAGGACUCAGGGUAUGCUCAGAGCUAUGAAAAUUUGUCAUUGCAAGUUUUUCCUCUUGGCUGUAGUCCUCCAAAGAUCAAUCAGCAUGUUACUUCCUCUACCACAUGGGAAGGUGAUCUGUGUCAUGAUGAGCAAACGGAGCCAUAUUUUUCUAAUGGAAGCAGGAAUGAUGAUUAUUACACCCAGAAAUUUUGGAGUAGCCAUGAAGAGUUAGGAACCCUACACUAUUCAUCCAGUGAACAGGGAAUAUUGAACUUAACAUCUAAACCAAGUACGGCAACACUGGGGAAAUGGCAUUUGUGUAAUGACAGCAGCACUUACAGCUUGAAUGGAAUUACAUAUCAUGAAGGCUAUUACGAAGAGACCAUACCAAGCUUGUCUUAUUCGGCAAACUGGCAGCAUGGAAUAGAUAAUAACAUGAUAAAAUAUUCAAAUUAUCCCUCAAAUGUGAAUGGCAUGGAUGAUUCUAUAUACCUUGAAGACACAGAAUGGUAUCAACAGUGGCUUGCACUAUUGAAGCAAGGAAUGUGGUGGCCAGCUGAAGAUGGUGACUGUGGCUACUUUGUUUAUACUGAUCAUGAAUACAUUUAUGCCUUGCUCACAGAUUCAGCAGGUGAAUAUGUGUAUGCAUGUGCUCCUGAAGAUAAUUCUUUGGGAAAUGCACAGGCAUGUGAUAGCUUCCCCAGUGCGCUGGUUUCCAAUGAAAUGGUUUUAGUGUGUGGCUUCAAAAUUCCACUUUAUAAUGAGGAUGAGCUUAUGUGGUUGCCUGGUCAAGAUCUCAAUGAAUCUGAACUUCUUAAUGCUCCUUUAGAUUUGUCUGCAGCUUAUAGAAAAGGAAAUCAGAUCAUGAACCUAAAUCUUGAGCAGUUUGCUCAAAUGUUGGAAAAUUAUUUUUUGUCACCAGGGCAGCAAGGUGUAGAUUUCACAUCUUUCAAGUUAAACAAAGUUCGUAUGGAUCCUAGACAACCCAACUACAUGCCAGAAGACCAAUGCAAGUAUGUCAUUGACCUUUCCUGUCAUAAUGAAGACCAUCAGGGUCCUCAGUGGAACAGCCAGGAAAAUAGAACAUUUCUUGCUCAAAAAGUUGCUGUUUCCUUGAAUUCUACUGCUACUGCAAGAUUAAAUCAGCAGAUACUUUACAACUGUUACCAGCCUCGCCAACAACGUCGUUCAUCCACUGGUGUUACUGUGAAACAUGUGGAUGAUGUAUCAGAAGAAGACUGGAGAAAGAGAGUGACUCCAGGAGAAGCACAACCGAAUCGUCAGGUUAAAAAUAUUUCUUCCCUCAUCUCAUCUUUUGUGGGCAAAAGUACUACUGUUGAAUCAACCAAAACUAGCAUAUCUCCCUGUAAUCAAAGGGAGCCUGAUAAUAAGGCUGAUAAACAUUCUAAAAAUGUGUUUUCAUCUGGCUUUCAAAGUGUGAAGGCAAAGCUCAUCAAAGAAGAAAGUACAUCUAUUAGUCCAGAAAAAAAGGUGCAGGGAAGAACUCUGCCCACAUUUUCAACAACUAAUCAAGUGGCUCAUCCUUCAACACAAUCUCAUACCAAUUCACAGAAACUUAGAUUGCCACGACAGACACCAAGAGAGAGCCCCACAGUGCCAUUGGGAUCAAAAGAAUCUCAAAUUAAAGAUGGUCUCCCUCAGCAACAUCCAACUGAUAAGCCAGUGGCUAUAAUAAUCGAAAAAACCUCUGACCAACCAGGGUUCAUGAAUUUUCUAAAAUCUGCAGUAAGAAUUGAGGAACCCAAGCAAGAAUCGCAAAAGGUUUCACAGACCUCUCUCAAUCAGCAAAUCAAAACUGGAAACACUGCUUCUAUACCAGAAAAUCCUGGUCCAGAUAAAGAGCCUACAGGAGUCUCAAAUAUAUUUGGCUCAAUUAGCAGCUUAUUUAAUAUUGAUCCUACUAUGCCACAGAGAGAGGAAACACCCAGGCAAACUGCAGCUAGACCCAAGGGUAUCCAGAGACAACAAACACUGAACCAAAGUGGUACACCUGGGCCAGAAAAAGACCUCCCCUCCCCCAAAUCUGAACACUUUUGUUCCACUGUCAAGGGAACUGCUGUAACCCAAUCAGAAGUUACAUCACUUGCUGAACAGAAAAAACAAGAAAAAAGAACGAAACCCUCCGGUGGCCUGUUUGGAAUUUCAAUUGGAGAAAUUCUAACAGGAUCAACAGCAGCAACACAGUCUGGACCUACAACUCAAACAACCACAUCAUCUACAGCUCCACAAGAAAAGUCAUUUGGUCAAAGUUUAUUAUCAGUGUUUAGUGGCUCAAAUCCUGCACAAUCUAUACCUCGAACUGGGCCCUCUCAAGCAAAUCCCCCAAACACCACCCUACAUCAUCCUCAGGUUGAAUCAUCUGGUAAAGGUGUAUUAGCAAUGUUUGAAGGAUCCCAUUCCACACCCUCUCCUUCUCAAAAAGAGUCCAGAGAUGAGGUGCCACUAAAGGGGAACAGUCAUCCGAAAGACCAGCAGUCAGCAGGUUUUUUUUCGUUCUUUGGUGGUACAAACACUCAACAGUCUCAAUCUCAAACAGAAUCUCUUUUAGGGGGAAUAAUUUCUGGAUCAUCAAGUUCAACCGAAAACCCAGUGAAGGGUCUGUUUUCAAUAUUUAGCAAUCCCAGUCCCCCACCGGCUCAGUCACCAACAACCUCAUCUCCACAAGAAAGAAUAGUUCAACCACAAGCUCAACAUCAGAAAGGGGCUCCAACACAAUCAAAACACAAGCCUCAAGCACAAGGGCAACAUGCCACCUCUGUUCUAGGGGGGAUAUUGGGUGGGUUGUCUACUUCAAGUGAAGGUCCCAGGAAAACAUUGUCUUCCAUGUUUAGUGCCUCACAAACAGGUAAUACAGCUGUACCAUCCAAAGAACCCCGUAAAACUCUACCCUCUGUUGAGUCAGACAUUGGAGCACCCAUGCAGUCAACUCCUAAAUUAUCACCUACCAUUAAUUCCGCUAGCAAAGACUCACAAAAAAAAUCACAGUCUGCCCAAAGUCCAUCCAUUUCCAGCACCUUGGUACAAGAACAUGUGAGGGAAGUUUCAAAUGAACAUUUAGGGAACAAUGAAAAAAAUGACUCAAGGGAGCUCCAAUCUAUUUCUGGUGAUACAACUUUAAAUCAUACCACAUUAAGUUCUGGGUUUGAAUGUAAAUACACUGCUAUUUCAUCAACAGAACCAAAUUCUGAAUGUAUAGAUGUACUGAAGAAAACAAUCGCUAAAAGCACACCUGAGGAUCAUGCGCCCCAUCAGGAACCACCAGCUAUGGGCCUCUUGUCUAUGGUCAGCGAACCAGGUCAAACAUCUUCAAAUGCAAGAGUCAUUUCAGACAGUCCAGCAAAAGGCUUACUUUCAUUAUUUUCUCUACCUAGUAGUGAACCUAGUGAAAGCCAGAAAGGUCCAUCAGGGCCCAAGGAUGCACAGGCUAAAAGUAUAUUUUCUGUGUUUGGAACCUCCUCCCCUCAAUCUGGACCGCAGUCUGGAGGUUCUCUUUUAGGGGCUAUAUUUGGAGGCUCGUCACCCCAAUCAGCUACUUCUCAGCCUGGAGGGUCAUUACUAGGUGGUUUAUUUGGAGGACCUAGUCAGCAGUCUACUCCGCAAACUGCCCCCACAAAGAAUGGGGGUUCUGUUCCUCAGACAGCAGGACCUCAAGCAGGGGAAUCCUUAAUUGGAGUCUUAUUUGGCGGAUCUGCUACUCGGACAGCUGGAUCUAGUUUAGCUGGCAUAUUCGGAGCUCCAGCAGCUUCAACCACAGCAACACAGGCAAGUGGGGCAUUGGGUGGACUAUUUGGUGGGGCUACCACACAAACUUUUGUACCUCAAAAUAGUAGCUCUAUAGUGGGAGGUGUUCUGGGAAGAUCAGCUACUGCACAGAAGUCUGACGAUUUACCUGAAGCCUCAAUCCCAGCUGAAUUGCCUGGUAAAUGUUUGCUUUCACCUUUCAAAGAUUGUGUUUUACCUGCAUUGUCCACACCAACAGCUACACCAAAUUUAAAUGAUGGCAAGAAAAUCACUUCUCUUUCUGAACCAACUUCAAGUGUAUCUGUUAUACAGAAAACAUUUGACAAUAACACAGUUCCAGCUCCAGUUGGUCAAGAAUCUUCUACAAUUGCCAUUGCCCUUCAAAGUGAAGAACAGCCAGAAACAUUACAGAAACCUGAUAUUACAGGUCCACUUCCAGUAGAAAACGUACUUAUAAAACAUGGUAACAUAGAUGAUCAUUGUGAUAAAACAGACAAACCAGCCGUAGCAGAUUAUGAUGCUGAAUAUCAAACCUGUAUUCUAGUGGAGGAACCUGGAGGCGCAGAGCUUGUAAGAGAUAAGUCUAGUCAAGAUAAAACUUCUAAAAAUAAAGAGGAGAUGGUACCCACACCCGUGGUUGAGGUACAACAAAAGACACCAGGGGCGGACAAAUCUGUUGGUAAUUCUUCAACAGAUACAGUUACAGGCUUUAUGUCCUCCCUUUUUAAACCAAUAGUGUCUUCCAAUGCAGGUCCUCAGCCUCAUGAGAGAAGCUUGCUUUUUGGACUGGGAGGAUCAGCACCCCAAGCUGCUGCAAGCCAACCUGGCAUUUCACUACUUGGCAGUAUUUUUGGAGUUUCUAACACUCAGACAGCAACUCCCCACUCAGGUGAAAAUGUCUGUGGAAAUUUAAACAAGGGUUCUGAUAUCCAGUCUAAUACUGAAAAUACUGCACCUUCUCCUGGAGGUUCAAUUUUUGGAAUGUUCGGAGGACAAGCCACUGCCAAGCCAAAUGUUCCAAAGACUGGUGGGCCAUUACUGGGUGGGGUGUUGGAAGGAACUGCCACAGGAGCGCAACCUGUUGGUUCUUUUCUCGGAGGAAUGUUUGGAGGCCUCACUGCCCAAACUGCAGGAUCACAGUUUCUUGGGGGUAAUGGAGGGGCUACAAUGGGACAGCCAUCGAAGCCAUCUGAACCAAUGCCAAGUGAACAGAAGCCAAAAACUAUUACUACUUCACAUCCACAGGUUACACUUGACAAUGUGGUGUCAAAUGGUAUCCUGACGGAUUCAAAUAAAAUAGUGGACUCCAAUCAAGCAGAUUGCACUCAGCAGAAAUCCAGCAUCGUGAUAAUCAAUGUUGUGUUACCUGAGGUUGCUUGUCAAGACACUACUACUAUCACAAGUAAAUGUGAACUCAUCGCUCAAAUAGAUGACACAAAAAAAGAAGUGUCAACUGUUGAAGAACACGUCAUUCAGUCAAGAUGUGAAAAUGACAAAUCUGUCCCAAAAAAUGAUUCAAAUAGAGGCCAACCUGUUGAUAAUUUGCAAAAAGAUGCAGAGCCAUCUCAAGCUAAGCCUUUGUUCGGUUUCAUAUCAACACAGAUUGAUGCAGGAAAAUCAUUAGGAAAUUUAUUUUCACCAGCACUGACGUCUGCUGCUUCAGCAGGUCCUCAAGCAGAAGCAGGCAGUUCUCUUUUUUCAGGAUUAAAAACAUUAUCUGGAGGCCUAUUUCAAGAGGAAAAAACAACUACACCGUCAUUAUUUCGGACAAAGAUGGGAUUUCCCUGGCAAAGAGAGCCACUAAAGCAAGCCGCUACCCCAAUAACAUCUCAACCAAAGAAUAGUAGGAAGCCAACAAGUGGUGAAACGCAUCAAGUGGCACAAGUGAAAAAUGUUUCCACAUCUGAUGCCCCAAAAGCUGAAUCGGUAGGUUCCGCAAAUGUGGUAGCCAACCCCCAGAUAUGCAUUUCCACCCCUGACCUAGAUUCCUCAACAUCCUUGACCUUAAAAGAUCACAAAAUGCUUGUAGAAACAAACCCUUCUGCAGGUGCUACCAAUGAAGAGCUGUUGGACAACCAGUCUAUGAAGAAUCUGUUGAAUAAAAAAAGUCCAGUGGAAAGUAGUCGCUUUGGGUCAUCAGGAAACCUGAGUCAGACCAGCUCUCAGCUGAGUGAGAUUGGUCACGAAAGCACUGGAGGGUCAGAAAUCGAAGAAUCCUUCCACUCCUAUCACAGCACUAGCUUCUAUCCCUCCUCAAAUGGACAUUUUACAGCAAAUGGACAGUCUGUUGUUGGUGAGAAGGUUAUUCCUCGACUGUCCGAUGCAAGACAAAGCUUGCUAAAUGACACUCCAAGAGAGAAAGUGUUGUCUAAACUUCAAAGGUUUCACGAUGAAGGGCCACCUUUACCAUUUUCUCCAUCCAGAGUUCGCUGGUUGAAGGCCAUCAAUAAAGUCAGGGUUCAGCUACGGGAGGUUUGUCAUGAAUCACCCAGUGCAAGACAGGCCUGGAUAAAACCAGGUGGUGGACCAGGGCUUUAUGGGAUUGACAGCAUGCCAGAUCUUCGUAAAAAGAAGCCCAUUGCCUUGGUUAGCGAUGUGUCCCUAGUCCAAGCUCGGAAGGCAGGUAUCGCAUCUGCGAUGGCUGCACGAUCCUCCAUCAAGGAUGAGGAGCUGAAAAACCAUGUUUACAAGAAGACCCUUCAGGCGCUGAUCUAUCCAAUAUCUUGCACCACGCCACAUAACUUUGAGGUGUGGACUGCCACAACACCCACGUACUGUUAUGAGUGUGAGGGGCUGCUGUGGGGAAUUGCACGACAAGGUGUCCGCUGCUCAGAGUGUGGUGUCAAGUGUCAUGAAAAGUGUCAGGAACUGCUGAAUGCUGACUGUCUACAACGUGCUGCUGAGAAGAGUUCUAAACAUGGAGCUGAGGACCGGACUCAUAAUAUCAUCAUGGCAAUGAAAGACAGAAUGAAGAUUAGAGAAAGAAACAAACCUGAAAUUUUUGAACUUAUCAGGGAAGUGUUUGUUAUCAGCAAAACUAUACAUUUGCAGCAGAUGAAAGCAAUCAAACAGAGCGUACUGGAUGGUACUUCAAAGUGGUCUGCCAAGGUCACCAUCACAGUUGUUUGUGCCCAAGGACUUCAGGCCAAGGACAAGACAGGAUCCAGUGAUCCGUAUGUCACUGUGCAGGUGGGCAAGACAAAGAAGAGGACCAAGACCAUCUAUGGCAACCUCAAUCCAGUGUGGGAGGAGAAGUAUCAUUUUGAAUGCCACAAUUCAUCAGACAGAAUCAAGGUCCGCGUGUGGGAUGAGGAUGAUGACAUCAAGUCAAGAGUCAAGCAGCGUCUUAAGAGAGAAUCUGAUGAUUUUCUCGGCCAGAGUAUUAUUGAAGUCCGAACACUGAGUGGAGAAAUGGAUGUGUGGUACAAUCUAGAGAAGAGAACAGACAAGUCCGCCGUGUCAGGGGCCAUCCGCCUCCAAAUCAACGUGGAGAUCAAGGGGGAGGAGAAAGUGGCUCCAUACCAUGUGCAGUAUACCUGUUUGCAUGAGAACCUAUUCCACCACUCUACAGAUAUCCAUGGACAUGGUGUGGUGAAAAUCCCAGAGGCACGUGGAGACGACGCAUGGAAAGUUUAUUUUGACGACGUGCCCCAAGACAUCGUGGAUGAGUUUGCCAUGCGUUAUGGAAUUGAAUUAAUCUACCAGGCCAUGACGCACUUUGCCUGUCUAUCUUCUAAGUACAUGUGUCCCGGAGUCCCUGCGGUGAUGAGCACCCUGCUCGCCAACAUCAAUGCCUUCUACGCCCACACAACCGCCUCCACCAAUGUGUCCGCCUCCGACCGUUUUGCUGCCUCCAAUUUUGGGAAAGAACGCUUUGUUAAGCUCUUAGACCAGUUGCACAACUCCUUGCGCAUUGACCUCUCUACCUACAGGAACCACUUCCCUGCUAGCGACAAGGAUCGCCUUCAGGAUUUAAAAUCCACUGUGGAUCUCCUAACCAGCAUCACAUUUUUCCGGAUGAAGGUCCAGGAGUUACAGUCCCCGCCCAGGGCCAGCCAAGUUGUGAGAGACUGUGUCAAGGCCUGUCUCAACUCCACAUAUGACUACAUCUUCAAUAACUGCCAUGAUCUGUACAGCCAACAGUACCAGCCUGUGGAAAUGAACAAGGAUGAGCUCUCUUUGGAAGAUCAGGGUCCGAGUAUCAAGAACUUGGACUUCUGGCCCAAACUCAUUAUGCUCAUCGUCUCCAUCAUUGAAGAAGACAGGAACUCGUACACACCUGUGCUGAACCAGUUUCCUCAAGAAUUGAAUGUAGGGAAGGUGUCAGCAGAGGUCAUGUGGACAUUGUUUGCACAAGACACAAAGUAUGCUAUGGAAGAACAUGAAAAACACAGACUCUGUAAGAGUACUGACUACAUGAACCUGCACUUUAAAGUGAAAUGGCUGUAUAAUGAAUAUGUCAAGGAGCUACCCAACUUUAAGGAUGUUGUACCAGAGUACCCAUUAUGGUUCUUGCAAUUUGUGCUGCAGUGGUUGGAUGAAAAUGAGGAUGUAUCUAUGGAAUUUAUGCACGGAGCCCUAGAGAGAGACAAAAAAGAUGGGUUCCAGCAAACGUCUGAGCACGCUCUCUUCUCCUGCUCUGUGGUGGACAUCUUUACCCAGCUUAACCAAAGCUUUGAGAUCAUCAAGAAACUGGAAUGCCCUGACCCUUAUGUCAUGGCACAAUACAGUCGCCGCUUCUCCAAGACUAUUGCCAAAGUUCUUUUGAAGUACAGUGCCAGUCUUAGCAAGAGUUUUCCUUCGUACAUUGACAAGGAGAAGAUCCCCUGCGUCCUGAUGAAUAAUGUGCAGCAAUUGCGAAUCCUGCUGGAGAAGAUGUUUGAGUGCAUGGGGGCCAAACAGUGCAACAAUAGAAUGCUAGCAUGUCAGUUUGAAGAAAGUGAGGCGGAGGAAGAAGAAGUAAGGGAGGAAGGGGACAAAAUUCAGACUGAUGGGGAGAAGAUGGACACGGAGGCGAGUGAUCUGCUGAACAACCUGCAGGUUAAGCUGAACAGCGUGCUGGAUGAGCUCAGCAGGACAUUUGGGAACAGUUUCCAGAGCCGCAUCAAUGACUGCAUGCGUCAGAUGGCUUCUCUGCUUUAUCAGAUAAAAGGGCCUCUCAACGCCAACACUAAAGACCAAGUCGAAGCCGACUCGGAUAACAUGCUAAGGCCACUUAUGGAUUUCCUGGAUGGGAAGUUGACGCUGUUUGCAACCAUUUGUGAGAAGACUGUUUUGAAGCGUGUGCUCAAGGAGUUGUGGAGGAUUGUGAUGACCAACCUGGAGAAGACUAUUGUCCUGCCCCAGGGCAAUGACACCUUUGGUGCACAGAUACUCUCAGCUGCAAAAGAACUCGGUCAACUCUCCAAACUCAAAGAUCAUAUGGCAGGGGAGGCAAAGAGCCUGUCUCCGAGGCAGUGUGCUGUUAUGGAUGUUGCACUGGACACGAUUAAGCAAUAUUUCCAUGCAGGAGGGAAUGGUCUGAAGAAGGCCUUCCUGGAGAAGAGUCCUGAGCUGUUCUCACUUCGCCACACCCUGUCCCUCUACACUCAGACCACUGACACACUCAUAAAGACAUUUGUGACCAGUCAACAUGCACAAGUCCACAAUGGAAAGGGUAUUAGGUUAACUCCCAAUGAAAAAAUACAGCCCAGCAGGGGCUCAGGUGUGUCUAAUCCAAUUGGUGAAGUGUCCGUCCAGGUUGAGCUCCACACUCAUCCUAAAAGUGGGGAGCACAAAGUUUCCGCCAAAGUUGUGGCAGCCACUGAUUUGAAAUGGCAGACACCUAGAAUGUUCCAGCCUUUUGUGGAACUCACUAUGAUUGGACCACACCUAAGUGACAAGAAACGUAAAUUUCAGACUAAAUCCAAGAACAACAGCUGGUCUCCCAAGUUUAAUGAGACCUUCCACUUCCUCCUAGGAAACCAGGAUGGGUUUGAAUGCUAUGAGCUGCAAGUGUGCGUCAAAGACUACUGCUUUGGUCGAGCUGACCAUGUGGUCGGCUUGUCUGUGAUCCAGUUAAGAGACAUCAUGGAGAAGGGCAACUGUGCCUGCUGGUGCCCACUGGCUCAGUGCAUCCACAUGGACGACACAGGUCUCACCGCCAUGCGGAUCUUGUCGCAGCGCUCUAACGAUGAUGUGGCCAAGGAAUUUGUGCGGCUUAAGUCGGAAACUAGAUCAGCCGAAGAGGGCAGAUAAGGUGGGGUGAAAAAAAAGAAUCUUCCUUCAACAGACUUUCCUCAACCUUCAACAUAAUUGACUGUUUGGUGGCACCUUACCUAGAUCACUUGGGCACUUUGUGUUUCUCAACCACACACGUCUUACUUGACCCUUGAUUAUUUUAUUUUUUUUAUUAUUAUUUUUUUUAAUUUCAUUUUUUUUUUUUAAUCUCUCUCAUCAGCUGUGUGCACACAGCUGAUGAGUUAAAGUUCCUGCACCUCCAUAGUGUUGUUAUACAAUAAACCCAGCCAACCCUCCUCCAACCAACCAUUUCCACUGUGUUUCAUGCCUUACACCCAUAAGUCAAAACUGUGAACAUGUCAAAUGAAGUUGUUUGAAUGCUCAAGGUCCCCUGUGGUGCUUUUGAGUAAUGUAAAGAUGACAAUCAAUUUUGUCUCAUACAGUGUCAAAGUGGAUCCAAUGCAGCUAUUAUUUGAAGAAAAGGUCAUUUAGUAGUAUUUUUAACCACUGGAUGAGUUUGUAUGACUUGUGCCAUUUGGAUUAUUUCACACCACAAUGAAAAAAGCAGUGUCAAUGUAUGUGGUGCAAACAAAUAUUAAAAACUCCUCAUGAAUACUAACAUUCAUGUUCAUUCGCAAAGUGCAACAAUGGUAGGGAGUACAUUUUAUUUAUGUUUUUAGACAGUUAUUUAUUUUUGUGUCCCUGUACAUGUGGGAUUUGUUAAUGAAUUUGCACAGUUGUUGUUGCUGCUGCUGGGUUGUUACUAGUUGUAAAGAAAAUAACUUCUUUACAGGCUGUAAAGUCAGCCCUCACAAUUACCUUACAGCUUUGUGUUUGCUAUUAAAUUAUUACACCAACUACUGAACGUUUUCUUCCCGAAAAAUAAAAAUUGGGGGGACUCAGCAGCACAACUUCUGAGUUCAUUUUUUAAGUGUUUACUUAUUCAUAGUUUAACAUGUAGACGGGUGACAAGAGUUAGAGCCUGAGAGCGUAAGCAUUGAAUGAUGAUGCUUCCAUACAGGAAAUAUUUUGGAGACAGUCUUUGACUUUCACAGUCCACCGUUUUCAAAAAUUGUUAAAUGAAGGAAAAACUAUUCUAAAGCUUCCAGGUUCCCAAAAAUGUGAAGAAUCUGUAUAGGUUUAUUCAUACAUUUGUCACCCAACCUGAUUUCUGGUUCUGUUUUCUUCUGCUCGUGCUUUCAGUUGCCUUAUUGUGAUUGGAAAUGUUUAUAUUUUAAACUUUUAUCAAAUCAUGCUCUAUCUUUUACCAAUCCACGGUGAGGUUUUCUACCUCAGCCCAUUCUUGUAUUCCAAGUGAUAUUUCUUUUGUUUCAACUUUUAUCUUUUAUUGUUUGUAAAUGUUAUAUUGAGAUUGUUUUUGUCUUUGUGGUAUUAUGUAUGUGUGUAUUAUGUUUUUAAUGAUUUAAUAACAAUGUGAUAGUAAGCUAUAUUUGUUUGAUGAACACUAAUCCAUGUGUGCCAUCUUUUUUUUUCUUCUCAUAACUGAUGGAGAAAUGUUUAAAAUGUCACUCGGAAUGAAGGAUGUUUUUGCAAUGAGAACCUCAAUGUUGGACCAGUUGUCUUUUGAGCAAAUGACCUGUAGAAAUGAAAUAGACUAAAUAUAUAAUAUACUGUACAUGCUCCUUGUGCCAUUUUUUAAUUACAUUUUUUUUGCAUUUGUUAAGUUUUGCAAUUUCACUCUCUGCAAGAGUUAACGCAUACAGUAUAUCAGUAAUUUUUGUGAUUUUAUUUGUCACUAUUUCCAUGUUGUUGUCUUGUAAACAUUCCAAUUACUUUUCUAUAAAGUAU